AUGUCAUCAAAGAACAGAAUAUUCAGAUACGAGGAGUUGGAAGUUGCAACAGAUGGGUUCUCGAAAGCAAAUUUGGUUGGAGAAGGUGGAUUCGGUUAUGUCCACAAAGGAGUUCUUCCAAACGGCAUGGAGGCUGCCAUCAAACAGCUCAAGGAUGGAAGUAGGCAGGGAGAGCGUGAAUUCCAAGCUGAAGUAGACAUAAUCACUCGGCUUCAUCACAGGAAUCUCGUUUCUUUACUUGGAUAUUGCAUCGCCGGCCACCGUAGACUUCUCGUCUACGAAUUUGUUCCAAACAAUACAUUAGAGUUUCAUCUACAUGGGCAAGGUCCUACUUUAGAUUGGCCUACAAGAAUGAGGAUUGCCCUAGGAGCUGCUAAGGGAUUAGCAUAUCUUCAUGAGGAAUGUUAUCCCAAGAUCAUUCAUCGUGAUAUCAAAGCUGCUAACAUUCUCCCCGAUUUUAAUUUUCAAGCAAAGCUUGCUGAUUUUGGGCUUGCAAAGUUUUGCCCGGAUAUGAAUACGCAUGUUUCGACUCGAGUCAUGGGAACUCUAGGGUAUGUAGCUCCUGAAUAUGCUUCCAGUGGAAAUCUCACUGAAAAAGCCGACGUUUUCUCCUUUGGAGUCAUGCUUCUCGAGUUAAUUACUGGCCGCCGACCAGUAAUUGAUUCACAUCAUACUUUCAUGGAGGCAAUGCCUUUGCUAACAAAGAUUUUGAAAGAGAAUAAUUUUAAAGUUGUAGCUGACCAAAAGCUACAAAAUCAGUAUGAAGCAACCGAAAUGGUUUCCAUGCUGGCCUCUGCAGCUGCUUCUAUACGAUAUGAAGCAAAGCUUCGACCAAAGAUGAGCCAGAUAGUUCGUGCUUUGGAAGGAGAUGCCUCUCAAGUAGCUGAGUUCACUUCUAAUGUAUUGUGCUUGGAUUCUGAGGCUGCUAUAUACAGACGAGAAAUGAUCAAAAUCAUUAAUGACAUGAGUGGAUCCACGAGUUAA